CCAAGUUAAGCGUUUCUGUCACGAUGGCAGCCAGCACGUUAUCUCUGCUCUACCUACCAUGUUGACAGGCUCACCUGGUACGCACCUUCUUCUUUCCUUGUCUGCUUCGGCAUCCCUUCCGUACGUUGAGGGUUUCCUUUCCGUGUAGUCUUCUCUGCCCAUGUGUGUGCUACGAGCACCCUUCUUCCAUCGGACGUGUCGGUUUGAAUCAGUUUGGAUCGGCUUGGAUAUCAUCGAAAUUUCAUUGAGCCCAGUCCCAGUCCGUCGCUCUUUGAUUGCUCAUAGCACAUGCUGUCCCGCGCUUCGAGCGACGCCGGUACGCGGUUACGCCAUGCCAAAUCAACAUCAUCAGUUCAGUCGCGAGUACGAAGUGGCAAAGUCGAGCCUCUCGACCCCUUCGUUGCGCGAGAACAUGCUAUGGCGGCGGCUGUAUCGGCCUACGAGAGGGCACAUGCAAUAGAGCGGGCUGCAUCACAGCGACGGCUGGAGCUACAGCGGCAAAGGACUAACGCCAGCAAAAAGUCCCAGGGCUCUCAUUUUCCACCUAGGGAAUCGAGUGCUCGACAUAGCGGCGAAAACAAUUGCUACAAAAGGCGAGCGUCACCUACGUCUCAGAAAGUCGGCCAUGAAAGAUAUCCAAAGAGACCCGUUGACAUUCCUACACCUCGAACGUCGGUAAAUGAGAGUGGACGACCAUUGAUGCCUUCAGCUCCAGCACCUUCCACACAACUUACACCGGCUCGGAAAGAAGUCCGCAAGUCCCGUUCCCUCUAUAGCUCUUGGAGUUUAGGUUUUGGCCAACAUACGUCUCUAGAAAUAGAUCGGCAGGCCAGUCAAUCAAUUAAGGAGCGCCCUGUACCGGGAACAUUGACUCUCAGUAGUCCGCUCGGAAGUGCUCGUACGCAAUCCAGCAAAGGGAACCCUGCAGAAAUAGCUGCCGCUCGGGACAAGUUUCUUCAAGAAUUCCAACAGAGGAGCAAGCUGCGCGGUCGGCCCUCCUUUAUCAUGCAAUCCUUCAAAAAAAGACAAGACAAGAACCAAGUUUCGGCCGCAGCCGCUUUUGAGGAUACGCCCCCCUCAGUGCCGGUGGCUAAAACAAAUGUCUCGGCACCAAGAGUCCUCUCGAAGCCAGAAGAAAGGUCCAGAUCUAUCUCAAACUCCUUCAAAAAGAGGAUCAAACGCGUCUUCCGGAAAGACUCGGACCCAAAAUCUACCAACACUCUUCCCGUACAACAAGUCGAUGCCACUCGUCUCUAUUUUGGAAAUCCCAACUCAAUGACCGCUACAAAUGUUCCCGUUAGCCAACGGAUCCCCACCCCAGCUUCUAAUAGCCUGAACCUUGUCCAUUCUAGACGUUCAUCCCAUCGGAGCCAGCCAUCUGGUGCAUCGCAGGGAAAUUCCCGAGCUUCUAGUGGUGAUCAUAGCGAAGGAGACCUUAGCAAAUCCCGUGUCACAAGCUGGACAAACUCCUCGACGACCGGUAGUACAGUGACUCGCGAUGCAAAGAGACUGACAAUCAUACCAGAAGAUAGCGGAACACAAAGUGGAUCCAAGCGCGAAUCUGAAGGGCCUUCUUCAUCCCUCAGACGGAAGGCCUCUUCAAUCUUGCACCAUGCCCCUUUCAAAAAGCCUUUGCAUCCAUCGCCGAGUGACGCCGCGAAAGGCGUGGACAGUUUUGAUGUGUUUUCAGCACUGAAAUCGCGACUCGAAAAGGCAGGUCUAGACAGUGACUUGGAAGUCAGAUUGUUGGAUCCAGAGGCGGUACCGCAAGAACGGACGGGACGUGAUACGUUGCCUUCACAAAGGGUGGGCUCAGUCACUUCGAAGCUUCGUCGUGGAACUAGGGCGACAAUACGUCCAGUUACUCCUGAACCUGACAGGCUACCUCGAACCGCGAAGGGUCGAUCUACUCCCCAUACACAUGGCGGGUUUUCUGAACAUCUGGAACAUAGUCAUGGACGUGCCAUCAAAAGGGAAGGCUCACCAGAAAGCGAAGAGCUCUGUCUACACCUUCCUCGCAUCCGACUCCAAAGGUCGCCAAAAUCACCAGUGCCUACCACUAGGCAAAUGGCAACCCGGAAGGGAAAAGAGGACACUCGGUGGCGGAUGCCGCUGGAGCAGGGCACUUCUGAGAUAUCUUCAACGAACCUCCGAGGGACCAUGGUAGGUGUAAACCCUUAUGAACUUACGCCGCUGGAUAAGCUGAGUGCUCCGCUCAAGGCUGUUGUGACGCCGGAGCGCACGUCUAGCCGCCGCAAUUUUGAACAACAGAGCAACAUGUUCAUAUCAACCCGAACUACUUUAACAGAUGUACCUCUUUCGCCCAGCAUCUAUUCAAGAAACUCUAAUGGAGAGUCACCAGUUCGUAAAGAGAGUCAUGGAUCUAAUACUGGGUCUGAAGGAAGACUGGCUGGUACGGCGGUCAUCAUCUCCAGCCGCCCGGUGAAAAGCUAUGUUCUGGGUUCUCCUCCAAAGCCCAAGACAGGCGCUACCUCCACACAUUCGAGCAAGGAUUGGAAGGCAUGGUUAUCCAAGGAAGUCUCUGAACUUUCGCUGGUGCAACAGGCGAACUUUACCAUCAGCGAUGAGUUUCCGGUCAAGCCUCGAGGGCAUUAUCGUGAGCAUGCGCAAAUUGUGGAUGGUGAAGACGUCGAAAUCGGAGGCGAUGGUUCAGGUAAAGUUUCUGUAUCCCACACCAAACCUGGUAAGGCGAAUAUGGAUGGAUCAAAACAGACAGAGCGUCCUUCAAGCCGGAUGGAAGAACGCCCCUCGAGUCGCAUGAACGAGCGCUACCCUAUGGUCCAGACGGGAAGAAACACGAGCGAACAUAGCCAUGGGUCAGCUCGCAGUCUUAAAUCGGCUCGCAGUACCGAAGGGACUAAGUCGCUGGCGGCGAGUUCUCUAGCUACAGCACCCAGGAGUGCCUCUAGGAGAGACCCGAGCCCUAGAGAAGGAAAUGUGCACUCAGCUCGCAGUCUAUUACCGGGCCGUCCACUUAAUCGCCCGCAGUCGCUUCAAACCAUGAAUUUAAGGAACACAAACUCUUCCAUUCGCAGCAAUUCAAGUUUCGCGCAGUAUAUCACCACUGCCGAAGAGACGGGCUUUCAAGGCGCGGGUCCAGGUCCAACACUUACCACUCCAGCAACUACAACACCACCUGUAAGCCACCCCAUCCGCUACCGCAUUGGCACAAUCAACACAGGGACGUACCGUCCACGAUCUGCUUUUGAUCUUCGCAACCAGUACACUCCACGCACUAGCACUCUGCAGAAAGCACCUGGAAACGGAAGUGAUAGGGCAUUCAGCAUUACGCGCAAACCAGUCACCGGCCCCGCGCUCGAGGGCGAAACGCUGCAGAUGAUCUUACAAGGGCCAUAUUCCCCGCCAAAGCUGUCGCCGUCUCUCGAGCGACUGAGCCAGGUCCCGCCGCUUGGCAGAAAGGAAAACACACCGACGCCGACGUCUACGAGACUAUGGCUCGCUGAGGAGAAAGAGGGAGAAAGCCCGGCACGCAGUCUCGACACGCCGACUGGCGGACAGCUGCUCGCCGAGCGGUGGCUGAGUGCAAGGCAGCGCGGCGAGAUGCUGGCGAAGACAGAGAGGGGAGCAAGCGAGGACCCAGCAUUUCUAUGAAGUGGGCAGUGUCGGGUUGAAAAGAGCGCGGGCAUUGGGAUUGUAAUAGGGCUGUUCUUGGGUUGUUCCCUGUGGUUUUCUUGCCCGCACGAGGUAUGUCUACGUCUGCGCAUCUUUCUCAAGCAUUCACAAAGGCGCAUUGAGAGCCUUCGAUUCUCUUUUUGGCACUUUGCAGCAUAGCAGAACGGUUGGGCUUGGAAUUUGGGUAUGCUUUGUUAGCUUGGUAUUUGCUUUGCUACCCGGUUGCUCGGUGGCAGUCACUCAAAAGCAGUAAGUGGGUUACGGGACAGACGAUAGGAACAGGUAAUUAGCGCAAGCAGUAUAGUGUAGCGUAUGAACAGCA